UGCCGGUCACGCCAACUAGACCUAUAUUAUAUAUAUAUAUAUUUUUUAAAUAUCUUCAACCUCUCAUUGCGACCAAAAUGGACUCGGCCACGUCACAAGCGAAAUCAGCCACGCCAGUGGUAAGCACAAACCUGAAGGUGCUUCCGACCGAUAACGUCGAAUACGGUAGCCACGAGUACUGGCAGCAGCGGUACACUCGCGAGACAGACGAGACGUUUGACUGGUUUAAGACAUACAAGGACCUGACGCCGCUGUUUGACAAGCACAUUGGCAGCAAAGCAGCGCGGAUCCUGAUGCUGGGCUGCGGUAACUCAACGCUGUCGGGGGACAUGUACGAGGCAGGGUACCCAAACAUCAUCAACAUCGACUACAGCGACGUGGUGAUAGAGCAGAUGCGGCAGCGCACGGCACACCAGCCCAAGAUGACGUGGGAGGUUAUGGACGUGCGCAACCUGGCGCUGGAGAACGAGUCGAUCGAUGUGGCUGUCGACAAGGGCACGCUAGAUGCGCUGAUGUGUGAGAAGGGCGACGUUUGGGAGCCGUCGAGCGAGCUGUGUGAGAACGUUGCAGGCGAGGUCAAUGAAGUCGACCGCGUGCUUGCGCCCGGCGGAAAGUUCAUCUGGAUCACGUUCGGCCAGCCACACUUCCGCAAGCGCCAUCUGCUGCGCGACUCGUGGGACCUGGAGGUCGAGCGCCUCAACGACGGCGGCUUCGACUAUUUUGUGUACAUCAUGACCAAGAAACCCGCAAGCCAUUGAUUGUUUGCUUUUUUUACGUUUAUGUUAGAACUGUGAACUUCAAGAUCAUCCCCGAUUGUGUUUCCAGGCCAUUGAUAUCGAUAUUGAUGUCAGUAGCUGCAGAGAAAAGCAGGGCAUGGCAGAGCAAGUCACGGCGCCGUGCUGCGCGGCGCUGCGCACGCCUCUGCCACGCGGAGAGCCAUUGUCCAAGCGAUAGAGCUGCGUGAUGUCUCGGCUACAAUGUCUAUUUAUAAUGCGCUGAUUUUCUGUGUUCUCGCACGCCAGCCAGCCAGCUGCAAUUGAUGCGCCGCCUCCUUCAAAGCGCUGCUCUGACAAGUCCUGUGUGUCGCCGCCAGACUCGUGCCGGAAAAAAGGUGGUAAAAAAACAGCACCCUUUUUGUUAUUGUUGUGGUUGGC